CAACCACGUAAAAACCCUAGCACCGUGUCUCAAGACUCUUGGGAUAAAGUCUAUCCUCCCGGCAAGGUCUUUCAGUCCGCCAAAGAGAACCCGCGCUACUCCAGCUACCAGGGAUCCCGCACUGCGAAUGGCUACCUGGGUGCCGCCGCCACGGGCCUGAACGCUCGCGUCCUCCUGGAGACCCAAGAGCUCCUGAGACAGGAACAGAGACGAAAGGAGCAGGAGGCUAAAACCAAGCUACCUACUAUGGAGGAGACACCAACCCUAAGCCAAACCCCUGUUCCUGCUCCACCCAAAGGCCCCUACCGACAAGACGUGCCACCCUCGCCCACCCAACUCGCCCGGCUCAACCGUCUACAGACCCCUGAGAAGG